CAAAAAUAAUUAGCUAUAAGUAAAGUAGUAUAUAUUCACGGUCGGAGUUGUACUUGAGUCUUUCCUUUCGUUCCCGUCUCCCCCCUCGAAGAGCUCCAAGCCUACUGCGUUUCCAAUAUGACUUCUAAUUCUGCUGACACCUCUGCUGGGAUUGAUAUGUCUGGAAUUUUUGCACCGUUUUUCUGGGGUUUCUUCGUUUCAAUAUUCUUGGGUGGCAUCACAAUUGUUCAGGCAUAUAUGUACUUUCCUCAUCCGAGUGAUAGGAUGUGCGUUCAGGUCAUAGCCGCGAUUAUGCUUAUUUUGGACCUAAUAUCCUCAGCCCUCGUAGCGCAAUCAUUGUAUUACUACUUGAUCCCACAUUUUGGAUCACUGGCACCGCUGCAAUUCAUCACUCCUGAGCUAUCUGCCGAAUGUUUGAUAUCUGGGAUUUUGACUUUCAUCUCCCAGAUGUACUUUGUCUACCAGAUCUACUCGGUCAGACGCGUCGGAAUUUUAGCCUCGACCGUUAUCGGGGUUCUGACUCUGUUUGCCGUUCUUACGUUCGUCGGAGGUAUAGGCUGCGUUGCCACGAUGUAUGUCUUUGCAUAUGGUGUUCUCGCAGAUCGUAACGAGGAUUUCGCGAUAUUUUUUGGUCUUGCCAAAGGGUUCGGUGCUGUGACUGAUAUCAUGGCAACGCUUGCGAUGUGUACAUUCCUUUCAAACGCCAAGACGGGCAUUAGACAAACGGACAAUCUGAUCAAGAGUCUGAUUCAAUAUGUCGUAGAGCGGGGAGGAGUUGUAACACUCAUUCAGACUCUUCUUCUGAUAACUUUUUACGCCGCUCCCACUAAACUCUACUGGUUGGCAUUCCAUAUCAACGUCACUAAGCUAUAUGCCAAUACUUUCUUUUGCAUGCUCAAUGCUCGAAAAGGUCUAUGGGAGAAACACGCCGCAAAUAAUAGAGCAACCGCGAUGGUCUCUAGCAUAGUGACCAACGGAAUCGAGUUCAGAUCCACCAGAUCGGAAGGCAUAUCGACGUUUGGGAGAUCAUACGCGCUUACCCCCAUAGAUGAUCAAAAGUCAUACCCUGAUAUCAUUGAUAUGCCUACGAUCACAAAGACAGUGAUAGUUUCAACUGCAUGAUGAUAGCGUUCCGAGUCAUCCUUUACUGUACAUAUUAGUCUCGACUGUAUAUAUAAUGUAUAAUUUCGGUCAACGUCUGGGUUGCAAUCGCAAUAUACAGGUAUACCACGUUAUUCCCCU